ACAGUUCACCAAGACGUGCAGUAAACGUUGGAGCUAGCAUAGCAACAGACUGAAAAUGAGUGUACGCAAGCAGACCCCAAGUGACUUCCUGAAGCAGAUCAUUGGACGGCCAGUAGUGGUGAAGCUCAACUCUGGAGUGGAUUACAGAGGUGUUCUUGCUUGCCUCGACGGCUACAUGAACAUCGCAGUGGAGCAGACGGAAGAGUACGUCAACGGUCAGCUGAAGAAUAAGUACGGAGAUGCAUUUCUCAGAGGAAACAAUGUGUUAUACAUCAGCACCCAGAAGAGGAAGAUGUGAAUUUGUUGCAGUCUGAAAUGUGCCAGUUAUUUUGCUGUUUAUAUAGUUUUUUUUUUUUUUUUUCCUCACUAAUAUGCUUGUUUGUUUGAUUCAGUGACUUCUUAUUUUGUAAAUGAAGGUUUGUAUUGCUAUUGCAUACACGUGUUGCAAUUAAAUCCUAUUUUUCCGACUGAA